CUUUCCUCUUUCUUUCCUCUUUCUUUCCUCUUAAUCUUCUGCUUCGUUUCAGAUUUGUUAGUGGGGUGUUUUUUUUGGUUUCCCCCCCCCCCCUAAAUCGCUCAUUUGAUGGCUAGAUACGAUGUGAUCAACCGUGGACCGUAAACUGUCCCCUUUCGCGUACCUGUUGCUGUUCACUGACCACCACCACCACCACCACCACCUCAUCCUCCUCCUCUACUCUGUACAUCCUCUAAAUAUCUCUAAAUGCUCUGAAACAACAAUGGAAUCCGACCUUUAAUUCGUUGUUUUCUUCCUGCGACUAUUCACCACUCGACUGACUGCCUACCUACAUUGCGGACUCCUUAUCCUCCGUUACCCCACAUCUCGCUGGCUUUCCCGUCUCUCCCUGACACUCAUCCGCCUUAUACCUUAUACCUCCCUUCCUUGACUUUAUUCAUCUCUCCAUUUCCCAUUCGACACUACCACUCUCGGCAUGGUCGUGGAGGAGCUCCUGGAGGAUUGCUUGCAGAUCCUCCAGGAUAAAUCCCUUGAUGAAGAAGAACAGGUCGAAAAGAUCGAGGAAUUUCUUCGUGGAAAGACCUCCUUAUCAGGGGCAUCUCUCGAAAAUGCUGUCCUCGACAUUCUCUGGCGGCAUCGAAAUCGCUCCCUACCAGACUCCUCCCCCCCGCCUCCUCGUCAUACCAUCAUCCGUCGCUCAUCCCCUGCUCCCUGGCAGAUGGCUCGAUCGUCUACUCCCCUGUCGCCCCAUUCCAACCUAGGGACUAGUCCUGGCAGUACGUCCUGGUUACAAAGCUCGCGAGGUGGCUUUUCGCGUCCGCCUCUAUCCUCCACUGUGUCGCCCUUCACAUCUCCUCGCCCCUCUCCAAGACUCGCCCUUGCCCAGCCAAUCCCGCAUUCCCCCAAUUUAAACGCGUACGAGUUCUCAGAUCAAAGCCAGGUGUCGGAUUUCUACGGGGAUUUUGGAAAUGACAGCAAUGUGGAUUGGCUAGUCGCCGACGACGCCAACAGCACCACCUCAUCCCUGGGAGGGCUGAGUGUGCAUGGUGGAUUAAGCGCCACGGCGCCAGAAUUUGUUCCGGAUAUGAGCCCCCACGAUAUCUUACGCACUGUCCUUGGGGAUAAACGGUCGAAUGAUGAAAUCGAAACCGCCUUGGCUGCGAAUGGCUACGAUCUCGGCGCCACGAUUGCGUCCUUAUCCCAAUCAGUCGAUGGGGAGGUCACUUUGAAUUUCCAAGAUGGCGAUAGUCGCGUCGUGGUGGGCAAGUCUAUGUCAAUGGACUCUGCCCGAGGAACCGCUUCUCCAGCUCACAAUCGCAGCCCGGUGGUGUGCAAAUACUGGCUAUCUACUGGCCAAUGUCUCCGCGCAGACUGCCGUUUUAGCCAUGAUUUAACCAGCCACCUUUGCAAGUAUUGGGUGAUGGGAAAUUGCUUAGCAGGUGAUGGGUGUCCCUUUUCUCAUGAUCCUUCCGCCCUUGUCGCAAAUCUUAGUGUUGGGGAUCAGUCCGCUACACCUACUUUCCUUGUAGAUGCUGCGUCGGAUGCCUUUCCACCAUUGCAGUCAGCUGGGUCAGCCGAUCAAUGGGUGAGCCAACUUGGGAUUAAAUAUCCUGGUUAUUUAUCGGGUCUUUCAGCGGGUAAGAACUCCCCCACCUUGCAGCUUGUAAAUGGCAAGCGGAAUGGGAGUAUGACAAGUCUGUCUCGCCCCCACUCACGACCAGGAAGCCGACAUCAGAAUCGUGAAUUAAAUCCGGCUGCUCCGUCUGUUGAUGAUCCGGAUGCUUUUCCUACUUUGGCCGCUGUCGGCGCCAAAAACAGCGGAAAGAAGAGUCACGGGAAACGAGGAGCGCAGAACCGGGAAAACAAUCUAAACAGGGACAACACCCCAACAUCCCUAGCAGAUGUGGUUCGGAUGUCUCCCUCCCCCGCUCCCGGGAAGGGGAAAUCUUCUUCGAAACAUAGCCGGGAAGGCGCCAAAGGCCGCGAACAUAGCGCGGCUGCACAGUCAAUUCCGGCGCCGCAAAACAUCCCCUGGCUUGAGACCGGUUCUCGCACCAACCAGCAAUAUAUCAAGUACCGAACCGAAGCUAUUCGCCAUGGUACAGUAAGGAACAAGUUCCUUCAGAGUGCUGCUCAAGCCUGGAAUCGAAAUGAUGCCAGAGCAGCGAAAGCUCUUUCCCUGCGCGGCCAGGCGGAAAAUGAAGCCAUGCGCAAGUGCCAUCGUGAAGCCGCACGGCAACUGUACGAAGAACGUAACAAACACCUGCUUACCGCUGGCUUGGACGAUGCGGCCGAGGAACUUUAUGUUGACCUCCAUGGCCUCCAUCCGGAGGAGGCGAUUGAGUAUCUGGAGAAGAUCCUCCUGAAGCAUGCUCGGGAAGGUCGACGUGUCAUUUAUGCCAUCACCGGCACGGGCCAUCAUUCUAAGAACGGCAAGGACAAGAUUGGGAAAGCCGUCAAAGCAUGGCUAAACGAGUGGAAGUACUUGUUCCGCGAGUUUAGCGUGCCAGGAGAGCGAGGAGGGUAUGUUGGGGGAAUCUUGGGCAUUGAUCCCACCAGCUACGAUAAAGCCCUAGCAAGGAGCCUCGAAGAGAGUGGGGAUGGGAAAGACGAAGACGAAUCUUCGGGGAACCAGCCUGUUCUAACCAUGGGCAAGAUCCAGCUCCUCAAGAGAGGGGACAUGGACUUGAAGCAAUAACCCAACUGUAAACAUAUAUCUCAUACGCUUCGAAGGACAGGGGGGUGUGGAUUAGAGGGGGUAAAGCGCUCUAUGUAUGAUCCCGUUUGAUGCCAACCUAUUCUAUCACCUUGUUUCCGCUGCGCGGUUAUGCAAGAACUCCGGCCGCGAAUGAUCAACUUCUAUUGAACUCGAGAGACGUGGUUUUGAAGUAACAGUACCAUUUGUAUCCGCAACGCACUCUGUAGAUAAAAAAAAAAAAAGCCCCCAGAUCUCUAUAUGGCUUCAGCUGCCUACUGUAUUGAAG